GGUUGGUUCAGUGUUCCUUAGCAAUUGAAUUGCUUUAUCUUCAAACUGUGGCAUCCAACCACAAAAAAUAGAAAAAGAGAGAAAAAGGAAAGAAAAUAAAAGACAAGGAGAUAUUUCAUAUUGGAGGAUAGGACCCCCCUCACCCCUCCACACCCCCAACAGCCCCCCACCUGUUGUGGAUCAUCAUCUUCCUUGCCUUCCUUUUUCAUUAAAUUAAGCUUUGGUGGAAGGAGACGUUUCCUCGUUUUUCAGCUGUUUGUAUCUUCUUCUGACACACUUUGAAAUGGCAUUAUUUUUAACACACACAUAGACACACAUCUCUCUCUUUCUCGCCCUCAAAAGUUCUUCGUUUCUCAUCAAAGGGCUGCCCAACUGCAUCAAAUGAUUUGAAAAGGAGCGUCAAAUCAGUGAAUUUCCCUUGUUUUGAUCUACUCCGAGGUACUUCCCCCAAAAGCCUUAAAAAGAAAGGGAUAGAGAAGGGCAACAACCCCUAUGCUAUGCACCCCACACCUAUCUUCAAACCCCAAACACCAUAAUGCUUACAUGCAUGUCAUGAUCAUCAAAUUCACUGUAUGUUUCUUUUAUAUGUUUUCGAAUUGGUUUUUUAGUUUUUUUGGGUUUUUUUUCUCUCCAAGCAAAAGAAAAAGGAGAAAAAUGUGUGGAUAAUGAGCCGAGUAAAGAUGGGCAUCUUUUCUGCUAUAAGACUUUUUAACCCCUUCUUUUUCUUUAUUUCUUUGGGGUUUUGGCCUUUUGGGCGCUGAGGUAAGAGUUUUGCAGAGACUUGAGCCUGACAGAGGGGCUUCCCCUAAGUGAAGACCUCUGCUCUUAUAAAUCCAUAGAUAGAUCAUAGAGAGGAGAGAGGUGGGUGUGCGGUGUUUGUGUUAUGUUUUCAUGUAUAUAUACACCUUUCUCUCAUGUAUUAUCUGCUAUAACUAGUCUUCUGUUUUUUCCUUUUUUUUUUGGUCGUCAUCAUCAUCUCUCUCUCUCAAAAGUUUGAUAUGGGUUUUGUGUCACUGUAAGUAAAAUUCCCCGUCUCUCUCUCCUUUGCAGUGCCGAUGAUGAUGAAGCACGUGCACACUCAGAUUUCCAUCACACCAGGAUUUGCCUGAUAAGACCCUUGCAGUUGUUGCUUCACAAUUCCGAACCAGUUGAUUCAGGCAGCAAAUGGGUUGAUUCUCACACCCAGAUUUAUCACUCCAGUGAUAUAAACUCCAAGAAAGAGGAAAUAUUAUUCAAAAUCGAUGGCGACGUACUUUCAUGGGAAUUCAGAAAUCCAAGCUGAUGGGUUACAGACUCUCAUUCUCAUGAACCCUGCCUACGUUGGAUACUCGGACGCGCCACCGCCCCCUCCGCUGCACCCCAAUUUCGUCUUCCUCAAUUCUGCCGCAGCUUCACUCGCUCCCUCCAACCUUUCCCACGCGCCGCCGCCUCAGACCCAGCAGUUCGUCUCCAUCCCACUAUCGGCCACUGCCCCCUCCGCCUCAUCGGAUCCCAGUCCUCCAUCCGUGCACGCCCACCAUGAGAUCCCAGGGCUUCCUGGCUUCAUCCAGCGCCCUCACUACAAUCUCUGGAGCUCAAUUGAUACCACUGCGGCGGCGCGUGAUACUCCACGCUCCCAGCAGGGUCUCUCCCUAAGCCUCUCUUCGCAACAACCGCCGGCCUAUGGUUCCUACGGGAAUGAGCGCGAGGUCCCUCCUCAGCAUGCGACGGCGAUAUCACCGGUGAGCGACGACAUGCGAAUUUCGGGGGCGUCAUCGUCGUCGGCGUCGGGAAUUUCAAACGGAGUUUCGGGUAUGCAUGGUGUGAUACUGAGUUCCAAGUACUUGAAAGCUGCUCAGCAACUACUGGACGAGGUUGUGAACGUGGGAAAUGGAAUUAAAACCGAAACACCAUCUAAGAAGAGCAGCAGUGAGGCAACCAAGACUCUUGGGGAAGGCCUAAUUGGAGGAGAAACAAGCACCAAACGCAGCGCCGACCUUUCAACUGCUGAGAGGCAAGAGAUUCAGAUGAAGAAAGCUAAGCUCCUCAACAUGCUUGAUGAGGUGGAGCAAAGAUACCGGCAGUAUCAUCAUCAGAUGCAGAUUGUGAUUUCUUCAUUCGAGCAAGCGGCAGGGAUCGGGUCCGCCAAAACUUACACAGCCCUUGCGCUGCAGACCAUCUCAAAGCAAUUCAGAUGUCUGAAAGACGCAAUAUCGGGGCAGAUUCGAGCGGCAAACAAGAGUUUAGGGGAGGAAGAUGGCACUGGAGGGAAGAUUGAGGGUUCAAGACUCAAAUUUGUUGAUCAUCAGCUUCGUCAGCAGCGGGCUCUUCAACAAUUGGGAAUGAUCCAACAGAAUGUUUGGAGACCCCAGAGAGGAUUGCCUGAAAGAUCUGUUUCUGUUCUUCGCGCUUGGCUCUUUGAACACUUCCUCCACCCUUAUCCUAAGGAUUCAGACAAGCACAUGCUCGCCAAACAAACAGGGCUCACCCGGAGUCAGGUGUCUAACUGGUUCAUAAAUGCUCGGGUUCGUCUCUGGAAGCCAAUGGUGGAAGAAAUGUACAUGGAGGAAGUCAAGGACCACGAAGAGAAUGGAUCAGGGGAGAAAACAAGCAAGAGCGAGGACAACAACCUGGAAGAUUCAGCAUUGAAGUCCAGUGGUCAGCAAGAGAAAAGCCCUGGUUCUGAGAACCAAGCUAGAAGUUUCAAAUCCAAACCAGACAAUCCCACGAACAAGAGUGCUCCUCCAGUGAUCUCAAUGGCCACAGCUGCAACAUCUCCCAUUGGAGGAGGAAAUGCCCGGAACCAGCCCAGGUUCACGCUCAUGGGGCCAUCAGAAAUGGAAGGGAUGGCCCAAGGAAGUCCAAAGAAACCAAGGAGCACCGAUGUCCUGCACUCCCCAUCUAGUGUCCCAUCCAUGGACAUGGAUGUGAAGCCCGGUGAAGCAAAUCACCACCACAUUUCCAUGAAGUUCAGCAAUGAGAGGCAGGGCAGAGAUGGCUAUCCGCUAAUGGCAGGCCCAACAAACUUCAUUGGAGGAUUCGAGUCGUACUCACUUGGGGAAAUUGGACGGUUUGAUGCCGAGCAGUUCACUCCAAGGUUUUCAGGCAAUGGUGUUUCUCUCACCCUUGGUCUCCCACACUGUGAAAACCUCUCCUUAUCAGGAACCCAUCAAACUUUCCUCCCAAACCAAAACAUUCAAUUGGGAAGAAGAGUAGACAUGGGUGAACCAAACGAGUAUGGCACUAUCAACACUACCACACCUCACUCUACAGCUGCAUACGAGAACAUCAACAUGCAGAACGGGAAGAGGUUUGCAGCCCAGUUGUUGCCUGACUGUGGCCUGAUCAGUUAAAAGCAAGACACUGCAAGAGGAGCGGUCUCAGCAUCAAGGCCCCUUCUAAUAUAUUCUUCCAAUUCCCUCUAUAACCAGGGAACAAGGAAAGUGCAGGGUAGUGUAAAGAAAGAAGAAAAUUUACUUUAGUACAGGUUUAUACUUUGCAGAGAACCAUUUGAGUUCCUAGACAGAUUAGGAUUUGAUAACAUAUGGUUGGGGAUUGUAUAUUAUUUUUGUAAGUUUUGGAGAUGGAUAUGAAAUUUUAGUUAUUUGGGUA